CAAAGAUGAGGAGGGAGUCCAUUUAAAGUUGGGGUACAAACUGAACGCAAUCAUCUUUGCCCAGUCAAGUCGCCAGCUGCCUCCCUUGCUCCACCAAUCGCCCACUCCUCUGCCCCUCCUCCCAUGACGGGGCCUUCCCGUCGUGGCCACGGCGCCACAACCAGCCUCGCGCUCCUCCUGCUGCUGUGGACCGUCGCCGUCUGCUCCCUCCCCGCGGUGCGCGCACAGGCCACGACCUUCACGACCACCGUCGCCGGCAGGGAGUUCACCAACUUCGCCUUCCCCAAGUUCGACAAUAUCCUGCUGCAGCUCCCAACCAACCUGACGUUCUGGAGCAACGCCAGCGUCAGCCAGAACGCGCUGCAGAUCACCCCGGACAGCAGCAAUAACGCAUCGAGCUUUCUCGUCAACCAGACCGGCCGCGUCUUCUUCGCCACCCCGUUCGUGCUCUGGACCGCAAACGCCUCCAACUCCACCGCCGACGGCCGGUACGUCGCCUCCUUCUCCACGGUGUUCAAGGUCAAUCUCUACCGCGCGAACCCGGCCUUCAAGGGGGAAGGUUUGGCGUUCCUCGUCGCGUCCGGGAACGAUGGCCCGCCCUCCGGCAGUGACGGCGGGUACCUCGGCCUCACCAACGCGUCCACCGACGGCCUCGCCACCAACGGCUUCGCGGCCGUGGAGCUGGACACGGUGAAGCAGUCCUACGACCCCGAUGAUAACCACGUCGGGCUCGACUUUAACGGCGUCCGCUCCACCAUCGCCAAACCACUCGCCCCCUUCGGUAUCCAGCUCGCGCCCAACGACACCAGCACCAGCGACGGCAGCCACAUGGUCUGGGUCGACUACAACGGCACGUCGCGCCACGUGUGGGUGUACAUGUCGUCCUCGGACGACCGCAAGCCGGCCACCGCCGUGCUCAAUGCGUCGCUGGACCUCUCCGCGAUCCUCCUCGGCAAGAAGGCCUACUUCGGCUUCUCGGCGUCCACCGGCGUGGAGUACCAGCUCAACUGCGUGCUCAUGUGGAACAUGACGGUAGAGAAGCUCCUCGACGGCACCACCGGCGAUAAGGCGCUAUCCGGCUGGAAGCUCGGGGUGACCAUCGGCGUGCCGUGCGGCGUCGCCGCCCUGGCGCUCGGUCUGCUCGCUGGCCUGUACAUCAGGAAGAAGAAGAAGAAGGUCGGGGAUGACCCGAGCUCGGUGUUCAACAACGCCAUUGACCUGAGGAGCAUCCCGGGGGUGCCCAAGGAGUUCGACUACAAGGAGCUCAAGAAAGGGACCAACAACUUCGACGAGAGGAUGAAGCUGGGGCAGGGCGGGUACGGCGUGGUGUACCGCGCCACCGUGCCCGGGGAGAACGCCCGGAGCAUGGAGGUGGCGGUGAAGCAGUUCUCCGGGGCCAACACCAAGGGGCAGGAGGACUUCCUCGCGGAGCUCAGCAUCAUCAACCGCCUCCGGCACCGGAAUCUUGUCAAGCUCGUUGGCUGGUGCCAUCAGAACGGCGUGCUGCUGCUGGUGUACGACUACAUGCCUAACGGCAGCCUGGACAGGCACCUCUUCGGCGGCAAGGACGCGCCCACCCUCGAUUGGAAGCAGCGCUACAACGUCGUCACCGGCGUGGCGUCCGCCCUGAACUACCUCCACCAUGAGUUCGACCAGACGGUGAUCCACCGCGACAUCAAGCCGUCCAACAUCAUGCUGGACUCCGCGUUCAACGCCCGGCUCGGCGACUUCGGCCUCGCGCGCGCCCUCGAGUCCGACAAGACCUCAUACACCGACAAGAUCGGCGUACCGGGCACACUGGGGUACAUCGCGCCCGAGUGCUUCCACACCGGCCGGGCCACGCGGGAGUCGGACGUCUUCGGCUUCGGCGCCGUGAUUUUAGAGAUCGUCUGCGGCCGCCGCAUCUCGUGCAGCAAUCCGGCUGGGUGUAGCCAGCUGCUGGAGUGGGUGUGGAGGCUACACGGCGCCGGCCGCGUCCUGGAGACCGUGGACACGAGGCUGGCCGGCGAGUACGACGAGGAGGACGCAGAGCGGCUGCUGCUGCUCGGGCUGGCGUGCAGCCACCCGAACCCCGGGGAGCGGCCGAGGGCGCAGGCCAUCAUGCAGAACCUGACGCGGUCCGUGCCGCCCCUCGCCGUGCCCAUGUCCAAGCCCGUGUUCAUGUGGCCCGUGCCGCGCGCUGACGGGGAGGAGUACGGCGAGACGCCGACGUCCCACAGCGGGGUCACCAGCACGGCGGUGACCUCAUCGUCGUACUACGCGUCGUCGGGGUGGACCCAGAAUUACCAGGUGAGCAGGGAGGAUCACGAGUACGCGGCGGAGAAGGACGUGCCCACGGUUUGAGUGAGGCGGGCGCGGGACGAGCAUGCAGGCGCCGGCUGACUGAACAGAGGCAGGACGAGCCAAUGGCUCACGUGGGCGGGAUCGAGUGGAGGCCAGCUCGGGUACGGCGGAUUUGUUGGGCCAAAAUAACAUAUUGUUAUCUAUUUAUCAAAAUAGAUAAAAUAUUAUUAUAUUUGUAAAUUUAGUAUUUGUAUUUAACAUCUCGUUUAUCGAAAACGUGUUUUUGGUACC